AUGCUUUAUGAGCAUAGCACACCAAUUGGUAUGUCUCCAUACAAGCUAGUCUAUGGAAAAGCCUGUCAUUUUUCUUUAAAACUUGAGCACAAAGCAUAUUGGGCAAUCAAAGAGCUAAAUAUGUCUUUGGAUGAAGCUGGAAAGAAAAUAAAGCUACAACUGUGUGAAAUUGAGGAACAAAGACAUAUGUCUUAUGAAAAUGCCAAGCUCUCUAAAGAACAGACAAAGAAGUGGCAUGAUAACAUAAUCCAGCACAGAGUUUUGAAAGAAGGACAUAAAGUCCUCUUGUUCAACUCUAGGUUGAAACUAUUCCCAGGAAAGCUCAAGUCUAGGUGGUUUGGACCUUUUUCCAUUUAUAAGGUUUACUCUUAUGGAGCAGUUGACCUAAUUAACCCGGAGGACAACACCGUGUUUAAAGUGAAUGGGUAA